UGUAAAGUUAGCUUACUUUCAUCGGCACGUGUGGAGCUAUUUUAUGAACAGAAAAUCCUCACUUAAACCUGUGAAAAUUUAGUUUCUAAGUAUGGCCACAGCGUUUGAGCAAAUGAGAGCUAAUGUUGGGAAGCUUUUACGGGGCAUUGACAGGUAUAACCCAGAGAACCUCGCCACACUGGAACGCUAUGUGGAAACACAAGCAAGGGAGAAUGCAUAUGACUUGGAGGCAAACUUGGCCGUUCUUAAACUGUACCAGUUUAAUCCUGCCUACUUCCAGACCAGUGUAACAUCGCAGAUUCUUCUGAAGGCCUUAACAAAUCUGCCGCACACAGAUUUCACCCUGUGCAAAUGUAUGAUUGACCAACCACAUCAAGAGGAGCGACCCAUAAGACAGAUCCUGUACCUUGGCAAUCUGCUAGAAACAUGCCAUUUCCAGAGCUUCUGGACUACUCUGGAGGAGAACAGAGAGUUUAUUGAUGGAAUCACAGGCUUUGAGGACUCUGUCCGGAAAUUCAUCUGCCAUGUCGUGGGAAUCACCUACCAGACCAUUGAGCAUCGACUCUUGGCUGAGAUGUUGGGGGACCCCCUUGACACACAGGUAAAGGUGUGGAUGAAUAAAUAUGGCUGGGUGGAGAAUGAGGAAGGACAGAUCUUCAUUUACAACCAGGAGGAAAGUGUCAAACCUAAAAAUAUUGUGGAAAAAAUCGACUUUGAGAGUGUAUCCAGCAUCAUGGCUACAUCACAGUGAAACACCAACCACACAUCCAUGUGCAGAUGAUCAUAAAGGCCCUGACCAACCUGGGACUGGGUGUCCAGUCCGUCAUAACACAGAACUCUUCAUUGCUCACCCGCACUGAGGAUUCAUUCUUUUAAAUUCACCACAAGCCAUUUUGUGGAACAAGCUCCUGGUAUAUUCCUCUACCACUAAAACACAAUCUCACAAUAAAACAAACAUUUAUCUAUAAA